AGCUUCAGCCACUCCCACUGAACACACAACAAACCAUAGGGGCCGGGGACAAACAAGGAACAAGCACUUGAAGAAUGGCUUUUGUGUGGAUGUGCAGGCUCACUUGCUUGAUCUUGCUAAUUGACUAUGGAGCAUCUAAGGCUAUGGCCAAGCCUAAUAUCAUUCUGCUCUUUGCAGAUGAUCUUGGCUAUGGUGAUUUGACAAUGUAUGGCCAUCCAACCUCAACUAAUCCCAACUUGGAGAAAAUGGCUUCUGAAGGCCUACUUUUCACUCAGUUCUACUCGGCUAGUCCAGUGUGCAGUCCAUCGCGAGCUGCUCUGCUCACAGGACGAUACCAGACUCGCAGUGGAGUAUAUCCCGGAGUGUUUGGCAGCAACAGCGUUGGAGGACUUCCUUUGAAUGAGACUACGAUAGCUGAGGGCCUAAAGGCUGAAGGCUAUAACACCAGUAUCAUUGGCAAGUGGCACCUGGGAGUAGGCAAGGACAAUGAGUAUCUCCCAACAAGACAGGGCUUCGACUCGUAUCUGGGAAUACCAUUUUCUCAUGACAUGUGCCCGUGCUUGAUAUGCUUCUAUCCCAAUGCGCCUUGCUUUGAUAAGUGCCGAACAGGAGAGUCUCCCUGCCCUCUGUUCCAAAAUGAGAAAAUAGUCCAGCAACCAGCAGACUUUCUUCAACUGACAGAAAAUUAUGUCAAGGGAGCAGAGUCAUUUAUCAAAACCAAUGCCAACCAGAAGGCGCCAUUCUUUCUGUAUAUGGCUUUCCAACACACCCAUCAUCCGCAAUUUGCCAGCAAGACUUUCACCAACUCCAGUGUGCGAGGCAAGUUUGGGGAUGCUCUCAAUGAACUGGACUGGGCUGUGGGACAAGUAUUCCAAUUUAUUGAAGACGCCGGGAUAAAAGAUAACACGUUUGUCUUCUUUACUUCUGAUAACGGACCAUCCCUGACGAGGCAAAUUCGUGGUGGUAAUGCUGGCCUCCUGAGGUGUGGUAAGGGAACAACCUGGGAAGGUGGACAGAGAGUGCCAGCCGUUGCUUGGUGGCCGGGUAUGAUCAGGACAGGAAAAACAAUGGAGGUUGCUGCAACAGUGGAUGUUUUUCCUACACUGAUGAAUCUAGUAGGAGGGAAACUGCCCAAUGUUGCUAUGGAUGGGGUGGAUAUGGCUCCAAUUCUCUUCAACAACCAGAAGAGCAACAGAGAUUUCUAUAUCCACUAUCCUACAAACCCAGACAAGACUCAUGGUGUCUAUGCUGUCAGGUGGCAGCAGUACAAGGCACACUAUUACUCUCAUGGAGGGCUGUGUCCAGACUUCUACCCUGAUACGGUAUGUCGUGGCAACUACUCCCUUCACUCAUACGACCCUCCCCUUCUUUAUAACCUCCAUAACGAUCCUAGUGAGAUCUAUGCACUGGAUGUUAAAGAGUACACUGAUGUUAUGAAAGAAAUUGAAAUGGUGAAAGCCAACUUUGAGGCAGGUAUGGUGUGGGGAGAAAGUCAAAUGGACAGAGGAAGGAACUCAUCCUAUGACCCGUGUGCCAAGCCUGGCUGCACUCCAUUCCCUGCCUGUUGUACCACUAACUCGUUCAUUGAUCCAAAUAUGAGCUUACUUGUGUAGUCGUGGUGUACUGUAGACACUGUCUUACUAACAUGUAUAGAUCUAUAGCAUCAGCUCACUUAUGAAGUCUACACUUCAUUUAUUAUAUCGAAUUUUAGUAGCAAACUAUUUAUUUUUUCGUGUGGCUGUAUGUGCAUGGAUAAAUUAAUUUAUGUAUGACUGUAAUAAGUUGGCUUGGCCUAACUGUAUUUUAAAUUGUAGGUUGUUGGUUAUG